AUGUACCAGUCAGAGACUUUCCUGAUACUUUUGUUGUUCAUUGUGACAAGUUCUAUAGCAUCCAUUAUCCCAAACAUCCCAAACAGAUCCCUAUCGACUCGAGAAUGCCGAAACAUUUCACCAACUUGGAUCUCCCAGAUUUCAAGCGCCGCUCCUAAUGCAAGCUACUCAAAUGCCAUAAGUAGCAACGGUGCUGGUUCAUUCUUCGUAUACCAGAAUUCCACUACCGCUCUCCUUCAAUACCUAUCCUUCACAAUCCCUCCAUCCACACAGAACCCCUCUCGCACAAACCAGACCUGCACCCUCGCUGCCACCUUCCCAUUUUUCGAAUCGCAGUAUCUAGGCUGGUCACUUACCUCACCAACUCCACCCACGCUCGAUAUCUCUAUCAUCUCUCCACCCUCCAAUUCUCCACUCGCUAUCCCACCAACCUGGACUUCAACCUUCUUUCCUGAAAACUCCGAUCCCCCUCAACAUUUUGGUGUACUCACCCCAGUGGUGCGUCUCGAUACAACGGUCAAUUCGUUGUCAUGUCCUGAGAAUGGUGUGCUGAGCUUUGUGUUUCGGUUUGCGGAUGGGGUUGUGGGAAAUAAGAACGUGUAUGAGAUAUGGCCACAGUAUCCAGCGGGGUUAUCAUCAGGUUUACCGAUGACAGGUGUUUACUUAAGUGUGUGCUGA